CGGCCUCCGUGGGCCGGACGGGGCGGGGGAUCCCGGAGGCUCUGCACCGGGUGGGAAAGCCCGGGUUCCGGGAGCGAGCGCCUGUCUCUUUAAAUGCCAGGGGCUGCGCUCCCGCCCGGGGAGCCCGGAGCCGGAGCCGGAUCUACAAUCCCGUCCCUCCCGCUCCGGCGCUUGUUGCUCGCCGGGCCCGAGCGGGAGCCGCCACCGCCGGGCGGGGGAGCCGAGCGGCUUCUUUCUCCUCCUUCUCGCGCCACACCUCCCCCGAGAGCCGGCGGAGGGGGAACGGCCACCCCCGCAGGAGGCCAGAGGUGCGGGGCGGACGGGCAUCGCCCCCCGCCUUCCAGUCCCGAGGCGCCAAGUAGCCGAGGGGGCGAGACAUGCGUCGCUGCCCGCUGCCCAGCUUCGCCGCCGCCCGCGCCCGGAGAGGAGGGACCGGGGAGCCCACACCUGCAAACUCGCCCUAGAAGUCUCCGGGUGCGGCGGCCCCCACCCCGAUCCCCACGGACUCCACCUCUCGGCGGGUGGUCCCAGCCCCUGCCCGGGGACCUGUGCCAAUGACCCCAGUGGUGGUUUCGCUUUCUCCCCUUCUCGGCGGCGUGAACGUGUGUCCGCAGCGUGAUGGGGCAACCAGGGGGGAGAAACUGACCCACCUAAGUUAUAAGGGAGUUCCCACGGCCGACCC